GCAGUUCUUAUUUUACCCCAAAUUUGCCAUGCAAACAGAUGCUCACGGUCCGUGAGCAACUGAACAAGCCAAUCAAUCAGCUGAUUAUCGUCGGUUCUACCCCAAAUAUCCGACCAAAAUUACGGCUGACAUUCGUGGGGUAAUCUGUGAUGAGCGAUACGUUUCGUGAUGAAUCGUGUGGUGCGACCAAGAAUAAAUGGCGACGAAGACCUUUCACCCACUAAGUUCAGGGAGAGAUUUCGUCUGGAGCGAGCUGUAGUGGAGAAAAUCCUCCACUUCAUCGGUGACGACCUGGCGCACGACACCGAUAGAAAUCACGCCCUCACUCCCAAACAACAACUACUCCUGACACUACGCUUCCUGGCAACAGGAAGUUUCUACCACGUAGUGGGUGAUGCGCACGGCCCAAGCAAAGCCACGGUGUACCGCGCAGUGCACAGGGCCGUGGAAGCGAUUGUGAAUCGGUUGAUGGGACUUAUAGCUUUCCCCAACACUCAUGAGGCGACCCGUGCCCUCCAGGCACAGUUCCAUGGGAAAGCAGGGCUGCCAAAUGUCAUUGGCUGCAUCGAUGGCUGCCACAUCGACCUGCGGGUCCCCACUGACGUGGAGAACGCCUACAUCAACCGGCACCAGAGGACGUCACUAAAUGUCAUGGCCGUGGCUGGCGCAGAUGGCCGCUUCCUGUGCGUGAGCGCCCAUGCUGGAGGUCGCCAACACGACUCAAGGGUGCUGGCGACCUCUGGACUUGUUGAAAAGUUGGAGACCGACUCUCUGGUGCCGGUUGGUGGAGGCGUUCUGCUCGGGGACAGUGCCUAUCCGAGUCGGCGUUACUUGCUGACUCCCAUCAACCAUCCCGGGACUGCAGCGGAGGAGAGGUACAACAAGGCCCACUGCAGGACUCGAGUUUGCGUCGAGCAGGCCUUCGGCCAGUUGAAGAUGCGGUGGUGGUGCCUGAAACAUGGCCUCCGGUUCCACAGGGUCGCCGACUCAGUUCGCACCGUGAUGGCCUGCUGCAUCCUGCACAACAUCGCAAAACUGGAGGGCGAUGAAGGCGACUGGAUGCAGGACGUGGCCGCUGCCCAGGACCUCGGAGAACCGGACGCACCCGAGCUGCCGCCACCAGAGCCAGUGGCGGCGGUGCGGAGGCUGGCCUUCGCCCGGAGAGCCGAGUUCGUCAGGCUCUUCCAGUAGCCGCCGCCUGGCCUGUGGCUGGCGGACUGCGCAGUAUGAUGCGAAAAUGUAUAUAGAGUGCAAAAAUACUUUUGUGUUCAGUAUACGAAUAGUGCAUAGUGUAUACGAAUAGUGAAUAGUGUACAGUAUAGUGCAAAAAUGGUGUGCGGUACUACUGUAACCGAAUAAAACUUCGUAACAUUUGAAAAAAAUGACUGUGUUUCCUAAGAAACUUUUAUCCUACAAGUCCGUAGAUGGAACAGGCAUCCCCCUGUAAAGCAGCAACAUGCUACGCCAAGCAGCAUAUCCACUAUUAUCACAAAACCAUAAAAUCUGCCCGUCUUCGAGCAUCCUGAGUGAGUGAGAUUUUCUGGUUUUGUGAUCAAGUAGAAAUGCUGCUUGGAGCAUGUGACAUAUAACUGCAUGUAUGGCCUAAACUUUUGAAUUCAUUUUAAAAGGGAUAAAAACGCAACAAAUUACCCAACGUUCCGCAUUUAUUGCUUGGUGAUGCGAAACGUUGAGUAAUUUGUUGUGUUUUUAUCUCUUUUAAAAUGAAUUCAAAAGUAUAGGCCAUACAUGCAGUUAUAUGUCACAUGCUCCAAGCAGCAUUUCUACUUGAUCACAAAACCAGAAAAUCUCACUCACUCAGGAUGCUCGAAGACGGGCAGAUUUUAUGGUUUUGUGAUAAUAGUGGAUAUGCUGCUUGGCGUAGCAUGUUGCUGCUUUACAGCGGGAUGCCUGUUCCAUCUACGGACUUGUAGGAUAAAAGUUUCUUAGGAAACACAGUCAUUUUUUUCAAAUGUCACGAAGUUUUAUUCGGUUACAGUAGUACCGCACACCAUUUUUGCACUAUACUGCACCUUCGCAUACUGUACACAACAUAAUAAGGUGUACACGAAGAAGGCUAUUUUUCUGUUGCUUAAACUGGCCUCUUGUGGUUUCGGCGAGAUGCCUGCAGCUGCACACAUUAGGUCCGUACACCGAUUUGCCUGCGUGUUAUGUGUGUCUUGUGCGCAAACCUGUUAUGGUGCAACAGGAAAUAAUAGUUCUCAACCUCGUUCAUAGGUGGCGGUAGGGUUGGGUGGAUCGUUUCGGACUGAUGCCCG